AUGACUGUUAGAAUAGGCAAUCAAUUUGUCAGAUUGACAGAAUAAAUUUAGAAAUAAGGAAAUUAACAGGAAAAUCGAUAAAACAGAGUACGCAGGGAUCUUGUUUUCAGGACAACAAAAAGACCAUUGCUUACCAACAUAUCUUGAAGACCCCAUAAUGGAUGGUCUGUCGCGGAAGGCGUUCCAUCAAGUCGUUGGAAACAAUUCAGACCAUACCAUUUUGCAGGAUAAUAAAAAGAAGUAUGGCGAAGAUCCCAGACAGUCUUUUUGGGUAUCCGUAAGCGACUACGAGUUGGACAGGGCUUACAUUGUCUACUGCUUCUUUCUCGAUAUCGGUGGCAUUGUUGCCAAAAGCUUGACGAAAACCAAUCGCAUGUACCUGAAGUACUUCAGCGUGGAGGAUGCCCGAAUCGCGCUGAGCUACGAUGGCCAAAAAAUUGGAUAUGGCGGGGAUAUUCGCGUAAAAGUCACAGCUGAGAACCCCGUUUCCGAGAAUGCCGUCAGUGAAUUUCUGGAGCAAUGCUCAGAGGGCAAUGGCGAUCCCCCUGACAAUGAAACUACAGGAAUGGCUAUUGUCGAUGCCGCGGAUGAAAGAAACGCGAUCAUUUCCGAUCAACUGCUGAUGGGAAACCGUGGAGAAAAUAAGUCCAAGGGCACUACCAAAAAAGUCGGUUUUUCCCAGUGGCUUAAAGAAAAACUAUCUUAUGUGUUCUACUUUUAUUAAAUUCCAACAUUGCAGCUCUUUUC